CUGCGUGCCUUGUUUACUCGAGCGGCACUUUGGAAUUCGCCGCAUCAAGACGUUACUGUAGCGAAGUAAGGGCAGUGCCUAUGCUUGCACGUGUACUGUUGUUAUUGUUGUCGAGCAUGUUAUACACACAGGCGGCCCUACCUACUCUAUUCACUUUUUUACUUGGUACCAAAUCACACGCUGAACAGGCUUACACCGCUCAGUGCUCACGAGUCACGAGUCGCAUCUCGCACAAGACGCACAAAAACACACACGCAGAACUCAUAAGUUCAUGCACAUAGAUCAGCAGAGCCUUAUACAGAGUCACACGUUCUUAUAAGAUAAAGAGUUGCGAAUUGAAAUGUACAGUGAAUUAUUUAUUUAGUGUGAACAUAUCCUUGUCACCGAAAAGUGUUACGUAUAUAUUUUUGCCAUUUGAACUAGUCGUUUCUUACGAGCAGAAAAAAUCAGCUCAUACGCCGCAGUGCCAUUGUUGGGAAAAGUGCUGUCGAAACUAUUAUAUCGUCUUCGCUUUUUGUUCCAUUUUAUUAAACAUUAAUUAAAUUAUCACUCAAUCAAGUAAUAAGUGUGUAAAAGUUAUCGGGUGCUUGAGUCAAAAUGUAUUCAGAACAACGAAUAAAGGCUACCACUAAAGUUACUUCAGAUAAAUGUAUUUAUACGUGGACAAUCGAAAAUUAUCGCUUACUAAAAUUGAAAGUUGGAGAAAAAAUAGAAUCUCCAAAUUUUGGCGUUGGAAGUAACGAUAAAAAAUAUUUUCAAUUGUGGCUGUACCCUGCAGGAGACACUAAAGAAAGAGCAGAGGAACACCUUUCUUUAUAUCUCUAUCCCAUAAUUGAUUUCUCAAGCAAACGGGGUAAGUUCGUAUGUAGAAGCACAAUAUCAGCUAUUAAUGGUAAAAAAGUUGUAAGACAAUUAAUAUUACAUCACGACUUUGCAACCACUGUCUUUGAGGGCUGCGGUUGGGCAAAAUAUUUUGAACUGGCCAAAAUUGACCAACUGAUUUCUUCCGAGAAUACUGUAACUUUUCAAUGUGAAUUAGAAAUUUUCGAUGAAAUUCAAUCUUCAUUGAAUUCAGAAAUAAUCUGCAGUAAAGACGAGGUAAUCGAAACAAUAAAAUUCGAUUUUUCAUUUCUUAGUGAAAAAUUCAGUGAUGUUAAAUUGAUAGUUGAAGAACAGGAAAUCCCAGCGCACAAAAUUGUAUUGUCAGCGGCUAGCCCAGUAUUUAGGGCCAUGUUUACACAUGAUAUGUUGGAAAACGAAGAAAAUUCCGUGAAAAUAACAGACGUAUCUGCGAAUAUUGUUACUGAAAUGUUGCGAUUUAUUUACACCGGACAGAUGGAUGCGACCGAAACAGAUACGAUUAUCGAAUUGUUAGCUGUGUCUGACAAGUAUCAAAUUGACAGUUUGAAAAACAAGUGUGGAAAAAUGUUAUGUGAUGAUUUGUCCACUGAAAAUGCAAUUGAUAUUCUAGUAGCUUCUCAUAAAUACAAAGUAAAGCAUUUGGAAAAUGAAGUAAUAAAAUUUGUCACGAAUCACACUCAAUUACUCUCCAAUUUUGAAAAGAUGACAAAAGUAGAUGAUCCCGUUAUAUGGGUAAAUUUAACUCAAUCAAUAUUAAAAUCUCAAAAAAAUGUAUCUUAACUCAUUUUUGUAUCUAAAACUAGUUUUUAGUGAAGUUUAAGUAGUCUAUCAAAUAUGUUUCAAUCUAUAAUUGUUAUCAAUGGAAUCAUAAUUAAUCUAUGGAAUACUUGUAACUAAGUUCUACACUUAGUUAAUAAAUCUGCGUUCAAUGGUUCAUGAUUAAGUGUCAAAAUUAAACUACAAGUAUUAAGGCUAUUAUCAGAGAUUUGUUCUGGUUAAUAUUUUGUAAGUUGAUUAAUUCUGAUUGUUUAUAUUUUGUAAUUCAAUAUCUAGUUCAUUCCAUGAAAAACAUUUGAAUAGAACUUUUUGUAAAGCUAGUACUAGCUUAUGAUAUGAUAAUAAUACAAUUUCUAUAGUUUCAGUUCAAAUAUAUUGCAGACUUUUUGCAUUAAAUACUAUAUUCGUUAUUAAAUUGUUUUGGUAAGUCUUGUAUGGUUCAUGAUUUUGUGUCAAAAUUAAACUAAAAGUAUUGUUAAGCUAUUAUCCAAGAUCUAUUUUACGUAUAAUUUUGCAAGUUUUGUAAUACUUAUGUUUUGUAAUUCAAUAUCUAGUUCAUUGCAUGAAAAACAUUG